CCCACGCCCCCUCCCGCGCGCGCGGUUAAAUCCCCGCACCUGAGCAUCGGCUCACACCUGCACCCCGCCCGGGCAUAGCACCAUGCCUGCUUGUCGCCUAGGCCCGCUAGCCGCCGCCCUCCUCCUCAGCCUGCUGCUGUUCGGCUUUACCCUAGUCUCAGGCACAGGAGCAGAGAAGACUGGCGUGUGCCCCGAGCUCCAGGCUGACCAGAACUGCACGCAAGAGUGCGUCUCGGACAGCGAAUGCGCCGACAACCUCAAGUGCUGCAGCGCGGGCUGUGCCACCUUCUGCUCUCUGCCCAAUGAUAAGGAGGGUUCCUGCCCCCAGGUGAACAUUAACUUUCCCCAGCUCGGCCUCUGUCGGGACCAGUGCCAGGUGGACAGCCAGUGUCCUGGCCAGAUGAAAUGCUGCCGCAAUGGCUGUGGGAAGGUGUCCUGUGUCACUCCCAAUUUCUGAGCUCCAGCCACCACCAGGCUGAGCAGUGAGGAGAGAAAGUUUCUGCCUGGCCCUGCAUCUGGUUCCAGCCCACCUGCCCUCCCCUUUUUCGGGACUCUGUAUUCCCUCUUGGGCUGACCACAGCUUCUCCCUUUCCCAACCAAUAAAGUAACCACUUUCAGCA